AAAUAAAGACAGAUGAAAACAGGGACACGAUUCUCGUAAUGCAGUACAGAUUAUUAAAUUGAACAAAAAGUCUUCUAAACGUCGCGGAAAAAUGGGUGUAAACAUUAUCGUUCAUAAGCAACUUGCUGCGUGCUUAGUGAUAGCAACCUCACGCCUUGCGACAAUAUUGUCUUGCCGCGCGUUUCUAUUUGGCGGUAGGUUGAGCAUUCGAUUAUAUGUCGACAUUAAUAUUUUGUUAAAUAUUGCAAAAAUUACAAAAUGUUAAAACACUUUUUUGUUUAAUGCAUUCAACUUGCUCAUGAGCGUCGAAUACAUCUUCACAUCCCAUACUGCACAACAUCUUCUGCCAGAUAUCUUUCCGAAAGCUUUCUGAAAGAUGUAUGCUGUGUGGGAUAUAAUCAUAUAAAAAAGUGUCAACGAAUUUAACAAUGUAUUAAAAAAAAAAUAACUACAUAAUUCCUUGAACUAUAUAAAACGUGCUUAAAGUGUAUCUGAAUGAGACGAGACAUGAGAUAUGUCUUAAAAAUGAUUUGAUAGAAUAUUUAAUUUGAAAACAUUUUCAUCACAUUAUAAGAUAUCUAUCGUACUAUAUAACUUAAAGACAAUCUCCAAUUAAUGCCUUCGGACAAAAAACUUUGUCCGAAACUUUACAAGUUUAAAAUUGCCACUUCUAUUUGUUUAUUGUUUUAUAAACAAAAUUUCCAAUUUUAUGUUGUAUGUGAAAUGGUAUAACACAAAUUGUUUAUAAACUAAAGAACUUUAUAUUAACAAUACUAAAGCAAAAUGUAUAAUAAUUACGUCCCCAAAAUAUGUGUUGUAUAUCAAUGUUUAUCAUGUGUAUUGUAUUGUUUCAGUUAUAAUUUCUUUUGUUGAACGUAUACAUACCCACAUAACAUCAGACCUUCUAUUUAUAUACAUUUUUUUUCCAUAAUGUGAAAAAAUAUCUUGUAUGUUAAAUGUAUAUACAUCUCAUAUACAUGAUUCGAAUAUACAUUAUGAUAUGUAACAUGUAUAUCCAUUUAUAUGCUUGAAAUGUAUAUACAGCGUACAAUGUUAAAUGUACACACACCUCAUAUAUAUGAUUCGAAUAUACAUUACGGUACAUAAUGUGUAUAUCCAUUACUUAAAUUUAUACACAUACAUACAUACAUACAUACAUAUGUAUGUAAAUAUUAUCACAAUGCUAUUCUUUUCUCUCUCUCUCUCUCUCUCUCUCUCUCUCUCUCUCUCUCUCUCUCUCUCUCUUUCUCUCCCUUUCUUUCAAUUUGAGAAUAACACUCUUUUCAACAUACAUUAAUUAUAAUUUAUUUAUAUGUGUAUAUAUGUGACUUACUUUAUUUUAUUCUUCUUACUUUUUUUUCUUAAUUUUUUCUAACUAUUAAAAUUUUUUUUUUCUCUCUCCUUACCGACUCUUUCUUUUUUUUAUCUGUUCUUCUUCUAUUCUCCUUUACCUUCAAAUACAGUGUUUCUUCCUCUCUUUCUUUUAAUAUAUAACUAAAAAUAAAACAUGGCACAAAGUAUAUUGACUUAUCUCAAAAUAAUCAUUUCCAUUAAAAAAAAUAAAAAUUUUAUAUAAUAUACUUAUCUGAUUGUAUAACGGAUAGUACGUUAUACUAUAAUCUUCCGCAAUGUAAUAUGCGUACAGAAACUAAAUAAAAAGCCAUUAACCUCGCGCACGUCACAUCAUUAAUCCUAAACUGUCACAUUAUCGCCGUGAAACUCGCCGCGGAUUCGUCUGCUAACGUCAAAGUAUAUUCGACUCAUAGACGUAGGAUAUCUAGACCUCGCGUUUGGCUAAAAAGCUGUACAAACUUUAGAAGAAGACAGCAUGCUUUCAUGGUGUAUCUUUCUCUGUCUAUCGAUACUUAGGGUAGGGGGCAAAAAUUUACUAUGGUAACAGCUUUUGGUCACGCUUGUCACAUAGUCACGCUUGAUUUGACAGAUAUAUUCUUAUAUCUGUCAGAAAUUAUAACUGAUAAAAAGAAUUUAUCUAUAUAUUAUUUUUUACAAUUAAAAAAUUUUAAUUAAAAAACAAAAUGGUGAACAUUUGUUGCGUGUGCAAAGCGGAACACUCGCCAGAGUCAAAUAUUAUUUUACAUUGUUUGCCAAAAGAUCCAAAUAUAAGACAACAGUGGUUAAAAAUAUUGAAAAAAGAUGAUAUUAAAUAUCUUUAUGUAUGUAAUAAACAUUUCAAAUCUGAAGAUUAUCGGAAAUUAUGUGACAGAUCAAUUUUAAAAAAAGGUGCAAUUCCGCAAUUACAUCUUGAAAUAUUAAACACAUCUAUACAAUCCUCUGAAAAUAAUCUGAUAAAUUUUGAAGAUCCUAUAGCUGAAGUAGAUUGUUACACAAUAAAAAUUAUUAAUGAUAAUCAAAAUGUCGCAAGUGUAUCAAUAGUAGAAACUGCAACCACCAAAUGUCUUUUAGGAACAACAGAUAAAUGGAAUGUUUGAAAAGGUAAUAUAUUAGCUUUUUUAAUAAUAUCUCUUUUAAUUUAAUUAUAAUAUUAUUGUAAUAUUCUUUUGCAGGAAAAAUGAUUCUAAUGAUUUCCAAAAAAGUAAAAAAAGCAAAAAAAGCUGUUAUAUAAAGGUUUUCGGUACUUUUAGAGUAGAAGAUUUUAAGAACACAAUCGUAUGGAAUCGAUUUUUAAUAGCAUUCAAUAAAAUGAAAAAAGAUAAACUAUUACUGCAACGCAAGAACAAACGCUUGCUUACAAAAAUUCAAACGUUUCAAGAUAUAAUUCAAGACUUAAAGGAAAAAGAAUUAUUGACGGAGUCAGUUACAAAUAUAUUGAAUGUAAGUUUAAAAACUGACUAGUUUAAAUGCUGUAGAAUUGUACUGUUCACUUUUGAUAAAAUAAUUUAGCCGGUAUUUAAUGUAGUGUCCAUAAUUGUAUAUACAUUUAAAAUAUUCUUAAAUCAUCGUAAUCAUCUAACAUAUAUUUAUGUGGUUUAUAACAUUUUAAAAUAAUACUUAAAAUGAUUUUAUAUACAAUAAU